AUGCUGGAGGCCGGCAUCGACGUGGGAGCAGCGGCGGUGACUGAGACACAAUCCGACAUGACGAGAGAAACGAACAGGCUCUGUCCGUGGAGCGACACCACCACCUACAGGUCACGGCCGGUGCUGCAGGGGCCAGGAUCUUGUGCGGUGAGGGUGGAGGUCUCUGUGGUUUCCCCGUUGACCCAGGUCUGUGUUUGUUUCCCACAGACCCCGGUGCUGCCCCCCACCAUCACCGACCAGGUGCGGCUCUGGGAACUCGAACGUGACCGGCUACAGUUCACCGAAGGUGUGCUGUACAACCAGUUCCUGUCGCAGGUGGACUUUGAGUUGCUGCGUGACUAUGCGCGGGACCUGGGGGUGCUGGUGUGGGAGAAUCCCCCCAAGCGGCUGAUGGUGGUCACCCCCACCGGCCACCCCGACGUCAAACGCUUCUGGAAACGGCAGAAACACAACUGACCACCCGGGGAAUCUCCCCACAUUCACGCCCCCUCCCCUCCCCCCCAUUCCCGCCUCCCACCCCUCCCCCCCAAAGCCCAGACUAGAGUAACCCUCCCAGCUUUGUCUCCCCCUCCCGCACAUUCAGUCUGAAGAAGGGUCUCGACCCAAACCGUCAGCUGUUCCUUUCUCUUCAGAGACGCUCACAAGUUA